AUGCAAGUCGUCUGGGAGGCAGAUACUGCGGCCUUUGCAAGUCGAAAGAGAGCAGCCCGUGCCUGUCAAAAAUGUCGCAGCGCCAAGAAACGCUGCCACCACACGUUCCAGAGGGACCCAGAUCAGCAAGCUGAUACGGAUGGACUGGACAGGGUGCUGCCCAACCUGACGCACAAAGAGCCCAUUCGUUUCGUCGGUGAUCUCAAUCCGGAAUCAAUAUUGACAGAUCUAUCUAGCAGACUUGAAGGCGGGAAGCGUAUCAGUCGAGUCGGCACGUGGGUGGAACAAUCCCGUCAUUUGCAGGAUCAUCUCCCUCAGGAGGACCUUGGCCCAGUCUUGAAACACGGCGAUAAAACUCCAGUCAAUGUCGAGAAAUAUGGCAAGACUGAAGGUGGUCGGAGAACCUUGACUGGUCAUCAGCGUAAUUACCUGCAGGCUGUUGGCGCAUUCCGUGUUCUGCCCAAAGCUACUCAGGAUGCACUCUUUACCACCUACAUUGCCUGUUUCGAUGGCAUCCUCCCGGUGUUUGACGGGGGUAAACUUCUUCGAGAGUAUACCGAAGGAAGAUGUUCCAUAUUCCUGCUUCAGGCCAUUGCUUUGGUGACAUGCAAGACCGAGGAAGCAGCACCGUAUCUCAGAUUGUACGAGGAUGGCCCUUUACUCGACCGAAUACCCUUCGCGAGAAGUCUGCACACCGGCCUGGAUGCUGCUAUGAAGGCAGAUUUGGAGCCAGACCGGGUCACAAAAAUCCAGAUCCUGACUUUGAUGCAUCUGCACAACGACGGACCGGGUGGCAUCGAAGAGUCGUCGUUGCAUCUCUCACAAGCAAUCCAUGACGCAUGGUCCGCCGGCCUACACAUCCACACACCAGGGCGAACAACGGUAGAUCCGUCCAGCAUGCUGUGGUGGACCAUCUGGACGCUCGACAAACUAAACGCAUGCGUCGGCGGGCGGCCGAUCAUGAUCGCAAAUCGAGACAUUGAUAUCGCACGCCCGCCGCUCAGCGACGACCCCAAAAACCAAAUUAUCUGUGCCUGGCUACGACUUGGCGACCUACUCGAUGAGGUGAUUGAGUUCUAUAGACCGACGGCGGAUCUUAACUCAACAGGCUGGGAAACAGAAUUUCCAUCCUACAAAGCGCUGUUAGACGGUAUCGAGCUCUCGAAUUUCUCGAACUCGGAGCAAAGCAUUCUCGAAAUAUGUUACAACGUGAUUGCCAUCCUCAGCUGUCGUAUCGGCGGCCCCACGACCGCCUCGUACGCUCGGCGGAUAUCAGCCUCCGACCGUAUUCAGCAGCUCGUCUCCAACGGCCGACACGCAAACAUGUCACCACUCCCACUCGUCCCAUACGCCGUCGGCCUGUCUUUGACAGUAGCUUACCGCGGCCUGCGAGAUAAGCAUCUUGAUGGGGAACGGGCAACCGCAGAUCUUGCAACGAGGUGUGAAACCCUCGAGAAGCUCAGCACGUAUUGGUGGACGGCGGAUGCGAUGGCUCGACUAGGCCGCAAAGCGUUGAAAAGCCUGCAGCAGCCUGGUGUACAGAAGCUCGCUGUGACCGGCAUCGCGGGCGAGAUGGAGGCCGAGGUCACCGUGUGCAAGUUCGGUCCGUUUGAGCCCAGAGCCAAUCCCGCUGCCGCGCCGCCACUGACGAGGAUGUCGGAGGUCAAUGGGAAUGCGUUGCGGCUUUUGUCGGACGCGGCGGCGACGCAUUCAAAUACCGUUCCCGGUAAUGCGCUACAACAUAUCACACCCGCCUCGAUGACGCUUUCGAUGCCCGACAGCAGCACCCGUAACGGUGAGACUCAGACUCAGACUCCGGCGACGACGAACACCGCGCCAACAGUGACAGCCACGACAGCGACACUCCCACCGACGCCGAACCACCUGUUCGGCACGACUGAAGCCGGCGGGUCCAUGGACAUCGGCGGCGUCGGUCUGUACGAUCACUUCAACGACCUCGAUAACCUGUUCGACGGCUUCUUCGACCUCAGCAUGCCGACUAUCUUCCAGGACCCGCUGUUCGACGGCGAGGCAUUCGUCAAUGCGAACAUGGACUUCUCGACCGGUGGCUUGGUGGAUGAUGGCGGGCAGAUAUAUCCUGAUAUGGGGUUAAAUGGCGGGCGUGAGUAUUAG